AAUAGUGGGGCACCCAAGAAGAUAAGCUGAUGGUUAGCCUGAUAGUUUAAGCCUCAGCAGUAAGAUAGAAACAUUCUCCUGACAUGAGCUUCGCCAUAUCUCGUUCUCAUUUUGAAUCUGAGUUCAUUGUCACGGAGUAUGUCGAAUGCUCGGGAUCUAGGGAAGAACUGGUACUCCAUACUUGGUGCGACUCCCACUGAUGAUUUACAGGAGCUGAAACAGAAGUAUCAGAGACUGGUCCUUAUGUUCCACCCAGAUAAACAGAAGCCUGGCCUAUCAGAAGAGGAGGCGGGGCUGCGCCUGCAGAGGUUCAUAGACGUGGAUCAGGCCUGGAAGAUACUGAGCAACGAGGAGAGCAGGAGAGCGUUUGACCUACAGCUGCGUGCACAUGAGCUGAAACAAAGCUGGCCGGUGGAUGCCUGCAUUACACUGGAGGACAUGAACUGGGACAGCGAGAAUGAGUGUUACUCGUACAGCUGCCGCUGUGGUGGCGAGUUUCUCUUGGAGAAGGUGGAUGUAGAGGAGGAUGAGGAUGCUGUAGUGUGCUGCGACACGUGCUCGCUCAGCAUCGAAGUGAAGAGAGCUACAUGAUGCAAGCAUAAUCGUUCUUCCUCAAAGAGGUGAACUCAUCAACCUGGUGUUACAGUGUCAUUCUUAAUUCAGAGUUCAUUAUUGGGUACACUACAGAAGUGCCUAACAAUGGCCACCACAGUAUAUGCCAGUCAUAGGACAUUAUUAUUAUUAUUUUUUUUUUUAAGAAUAAUGAUAAUGAUUUUAUGUACAAUGAUGUCCAGUAUUGUAAUUUAAACUUAUUUCAUACACUGUAUAUUUAUUAAAAAUUAAAUUUGUAUUGUA